GUCUUCCAGGAGUGUUGUCAAGAGUGUGGAAACAACCAAUCAGAUUUGUCCAUUUCGAACCGGAAGCUGUGUUGUUUACAUUUUCUAAGAUGGCGGCGGGGAUGUAUUUGGAGCAUUAUUUGGACAGCAUAGAAAACUUGCCCUUCGAGUUGCAGAGAAACUUCAAUUUAAUGAGGGAUCUAGAUCAACGCACAGAGGAUCUAAAAGGACAGAUAGACUCUCUGGCUAAAGAGUACACAGCCAACGCCAGGACUCUUUCCUCUGAGCAAAAGCUGUCCAUACUGAGGCAGAUUCAGCAGUCUUACAGUAAAUGCAAGGAGUUUGGAGAUGAUAAGGUGCAACUGGCCAUGCAGACCUAUGAGAUGGUCGACAAACACAUCAGACGUCUUGACACAGACCUGGCUCGGUUUGAGGCUGACCUGAAGGAAAAGCAGAUCGAGAGCACGGAUUAUGAUUCCACCUCCAGUAAGGGGAAGAAAGCUGAGUCCCGGCAGAAGGAAAAGAAGACGGCUAAAACAAGGUCUAAAGUGAAGAGCUCAGAUGAAGAUGGCAGUCCCAAGAGUGCACAGAAGAAAGUCAAACUCCUUCAGCCGGGAGAAUUCAACAGCCCUACCACCAACUUUGGGAAUGUGCACCCAUCUGAUGUGCUGGACAUGCCAGUGGACCCCAACGAACCCACCUACUGUCUGUGCCAUCAGGUCUCUUACGGCGAGAUGAUUGGCUGUGACAACACCGAUUGCUCCAUUGAGUGGUUCCAUUUUGCAUGCGUGGGCCUGACAACCAAACCAAGAGGCAAAUGGUACUGUCCACGAUGCUCUCAAGACAGAAAGAGAAAAUAAAAACACCUGGUUUUCCUGGAACAAAACGUGGACACUGAUCAGAUGGAAAAUGAGAAGAAUAUUUCUUCAUUAGUGACUAGAAUUUUUGUUUCUCAUCUUCCUUAACAUUUGGUGCUUUUUCUUUUGGUUUACGUAAUUUGCCUGGGUCUGAUGCAGUGUGUGUGAAUGAGCCAAGUGGUUACAAAUGUAUUUAAAUAAUGAUUUUUUUAAAUGGUUAACAAUAAUUUUGUUUUGUUUUUUUUAGUUACAUUUGGUGCUCUUAUUGUGACUUCUUUUUUUACAUUUUGUUUUAUGAGUGAAUAAUAAACACUACAACUGCCCCUAA